CCCGCCCCUACACCCAGGGUGCGGCACUCAGACUGAGGCCUGAGACCCGGGCCGACCCGCGGGAGCCGGGAGGGGUCGGACACGAGGAGCAGGACGCAGGGGGACCUCUGCGCUCCCGGCCCACCGCCGAGGGUCGCGGCACCCCUAUCACGUACCUAGCCUCUCAGGCCCCGGCCCGUCCUCAGCACUGCCACAUCACGCCUAAUAUGGCCGCUCGCGCUGGGACCGGCCCGGUGCACUGAGAGCCGUAACGAGGUCCGAAGCCAGGUAUCAUGGACCAGGCCUUGAUUGAGGUGGAACGGAAGUUCAUUCCUGGGCCUGGCACUGAGGAGCAGCUGCAGGAGUUGGGGGGCAUCCUAGAGCACCAGGUCACCUUCCGGGACAGCUACUAUGACACCCCUGAGCUGAGCCUCAUGCGGGCUGACUACUGGCUGCGGCAGCGUGAGGGUAGUGGAUGGGAACUCAAAUGUCCUGGAACAGCAGGUGUCUCAAAACCUCACCAGGAGUAUGUGGAACUCACAGCUGAGCCUGGAAUUGUGGCCCAGCUCUGUGAGGUGCUGGGGGCUGAGGCCCUGGGGGCAGGAGGUGUGGCAGCUGUGCUGGGCCCACUGGGGCUGCGGGAAGUAGCUAGUUUUGUGACUAAGCGUAGUGCCUGGAAGCUGGUGCUCCCUGGAGCGGAUGAAGAGGAGCGUCCACUCAGGGUGGACCUGGACACAGCGGACUUUGGCUACACUGUGGGUGAGAUAGAGGCCCUGGUGCACCAGAAGGCUGAAGUCCCAGCUGCCCUAGAGAAGAUUCGCAGCCUCAGCAGCAUGCUUGGUGAGGGAGACAGGCAAUUCUGUGCAUUCCUCAGCUUCAUUAUCCAUCCGGGUGUACCGGUACAGGAGACCCCACCUGCCAAGCUGAUGGUGUACCUACAGCGCUUCCGGCCGCAGGACUACCAGUGCCUGCUACGAGGACACAGCCCCGGAGAGAAGCCCCAGGGGGACGAAAGAUCCUGACGGCAACAUGGGCUACGGUGUCACUUCCUCAACAGGGAGAACUCUGAAUCUAACAGGGUUCCUUCCUGGGCUCACUGGGCCUCUUCCUCUGGCCUCCUUCCCUGACUCCUCUCUCUCCAGCUCCGCCUGUUCUUUCACCUUACCCUCAGCGAUCCUUCCUCGAGCCCUCCCUGGCUGCCUCCUCUCCCUCAUCCGUCAGAUGCAAUCUGUGGGCCGCCCCUCUCCCCUGGCCGCUAAGCAGCCUCCAUUGAUUUCCGCUCGUGUUUAUAGGAUUUCCACUUAGCUGUGAUCAGUAGUUAAGCACAGGAAAAUCCCUUGCCACCCCCCCUCCCUUGGUCGAUGCCAUUGAUUCUGCCAGCGGCUCCUAAACCGCCUUACAGCUGAGUUAGAGAUGAGGGGAGGCAGCAGGGAUUUCCCUGCCUUGGGGUAUGGGAAAUAGCAGCAGGUUAGGAAGUAGGUGGGAAUCUGUUAGAAAUCUAGAAGUUCUGGUAUUACUUUUUGCUCCUGUGCCCUACUCUGGCCCAGAUGGUAAAGUGCCUCCUAUAGAGGUUUAGGGGCAAAUUUACUCCCCAACCUGGAAGGGGUAGAAAGAAAAGUCCUCAUUUGUUAAAACAGGUUCCUAAGGCUCAGGGGAAGAUACAGAACUUUACUUUCUGGAUAAGGAAACUCUUCCCUUGCUAUGAUUCAUAAACGCUUUCUAGCUCAAAUAUACCCAAAUAUGGCUUCUGCCCCUCAGGCUUUAUUGGGCUCUCAUUAUUGGGAAAGGCAGGCCCCCCCACUCCCCAGUUUUUGAAGAGGCAAGCACAGGCGCAGGGCACCACCUGCUGGUAGACAUCAGGUACCGGCUCCGAGUGGCUGGGACCUUGGGGGGUUUGGGACACAGGAGGAUUUCAGACCGUGAGUGGAGGCUGAGUCACUGCCAUGUCUCCACAGGCAAGUUGUUCACCUCAAAGAUCUCCUGCACUGACCGGCCAAAAUGGUUGUAGGUGAGGCGCAGCUUUAGCCUCAAGGGGGCCUAGGAGUACGAGAGUGGAGACCAGGGUCAGCACCUGCGAUGUCUCCUGUCCCUGGCUUCACCAGGAAGCGGGUGGGUGGGUGCUCUUGAACUCACUUUGUUAGGAUUGAGGAUUCUGAGGAGCUGGGUCACUGGAAGGCCACCCUGAGCUGGAACUGUGUUCCCACUGGGGGCCUGUAGCUGCAGCUGGAAACUCUGAACACAGGAGAUUGGGCAGAGCACAGUAACGCAGCUAGCCGGGCUCAGCAACCCCUACCCACCCAAGAGUCUCAAACCUGCUUCCCAUAACUUCCCAAGUGCUUGUCCCUGCAUGUCAUUCCCUUCUCGUUCUUCCUCCCACCCACCUCCUCUCUGUAGCCCUUUCUCAAGUGCCCAGGCCACCUCGAAUCCUGGUCUUUCACAAACCUUGGGCACAGCGGCCUGGCAGAUGAAGUGGGUGACAUCAGCCCCGGAGGUGUUGGUAGCAGUGACCGUGAUUAAGAGCAAAGCAGGAGUUCCAGGGGGUCGAACAAAAGACAGACUCAGCUGUAGUCCUUCACGCUCAAACGCUCUGAGAUCUGGGAUGGAAGCUGGAACAUGGAGACAGAAGCAGCUCAGCGUAUGGGCGAAGAUAACAAGCUCAUUCAUUCACAACGGAAAUGAAGUGAGAGCCCACUGGGUGCGGGGCAGUGCUUGAAGUGCUAGUGACAAAGUGGACAAGAAGAUAAAACCACCUUCCCCUGCUCUGUCUCUCAAAAAAAAAAUUAAAAAAAACAUUAAACAAGAAGAUGAAACUCAUAGUCCAGUGGGCAGAGAGAAACAAUAAACGAGAAAACAACCAAGAUAA